AUGGCAAUCAAUUACCGAAUCGUUUGCGAAACCAAUCCAAUAACACCUGAAUAUAAAGAGAAAUCGUGCGGAAAUACAAAACCGAUUCUCUUUAAAGAAAGCGAAACAAGUCAUCGGAUGAUUGAAAUUGUAUUUCUAAACAACACUAUAAUUGAUUGCUUUCUAUACGGAGACAAACAACUGGCAGAAAAUGCCAUCGAAAAGAAGUUAUGCAAACCUAAAGUCAAAUUUGUGGACCCAAAAGCACUUUCGUCGUAUGCCUACCGGUGCUCCGAAUGGUUGUCCCGACAAAUAAGGAAAGGAGAGGUACCGUCCUAUUCAGACGAAGACUUUCCCGAUGAAUAUAAUAAUAAAAUUGACAGAAAUUUUUUUGAAGGAAUUCUGAUAUUUCCGGGAACUAAAUGGUGUGGCGCUGGAAAUAUUGCUGAACAUGAGAAUGACUUUGGAUCUGAAAAGGAUACGGACCACUGUUGUCGUCAACACGACCAUUGUUUCGACUCAAUCGAGAGCGGAGACACUAAAUAUAAUCUCAAGAAUAAAGCCAUUCAUACAAAGUAA